CAAUGGCCGACAAUGACGUAUCUGAAAAGCUGGCAAUACGUAGACGUCUAGUAUUUCGAUUGCUUGAAAAAGGAGUCGAUUGAUUCUUCCAGUAGUUAUAGAGUAUAUGCUGAUGGAAUUCCUAGCAAACCCUUUGGAAAGGGGUCCUGACGCAUUGCGUUUUGGUUACCCGGUCCAAAUCGAAUUUCUUCCAACUCGCUUGACAUAGGUUCUAGGAACCCUAUAUAAGAACAUGGCUGAUGACAAUGUUUGGCUUAUUACAGGCUGUUCGUCUGGCUUUGGGCUUCACUUAGCUCGCCUGGUUCUAUCACACGGACAUCGGGUCAUCGCGUCUUCAGGCAGCCCUUCAAGAACCCCAGACGUUGUCCAGGAAAUCGAGGGAAAGGGUGGGCAUUGGAUUAACCUAGAUGCGACAAGCCCAGACAUCAAGCAUACGGUUACAAAGGCCACCGAAAUCUAUGGUCGUCUUGACUUCGUUGUCAACAAUGUGGGAUUCUCGAUCAUUGAUGGGUUUGAAGACUUCGCGUGAGUACAUCUGCUAUAUGCAUGGCUUGCCGUGCACGUAUCUCCUAAGUACUGAUAUACAGCCCAAUGUGAAACCUACGUUUUUGGUGCUUUCAACAUGAUGCAAGCGGCACUCCCAACUAUGCGUACUCAGCGGAGUGGGACAAUAAUUAAUAUUAGUUCCACUGGGGGGGCUGCGUACUGUACCAAGCCUCAGUCUAUAUUCAGCGUCCAAGC